AUGACUAAUUUACAAAAGGCCUAUCUUGGAAUGCAAUGUUUUUGGGGUGCUGAAUCGACAUUUGCAAAAUUGGAUGGCGUAUUGGCGACACGAGUUGGUUAUGCUGGUGGUACUACAGUAUUACCUAAUUAUCGGAGUAUCGGUGAUCAUACAGAAACAACGGAAAUUCAGUUUGAUGAAAAGAUUAUAAGCUACGAUAAAAUUUUGGAUUGUUUCUGGGAGAAUCAUGACCCAACCGAGGUAUACAAAAAGCAGUACAAAUCCGCAAUUCUCUACGUAAAUGAUCAACAAAAAGACAUAGCCCAACAGAGUGUAAAAAAAAUACAGGAAAAAUACGGUAACAAAAAACUAGAUACUUAUGUUCAAAAACUAGUUCGGUUUUAUCAGGCGGAAGAUUAUCAUCAAAAAUAUUGGCUGCGCUGUCAAACGGCAAUUUUUAAAAAGCUGAAUCUGAGUGAUGAAGAAAUGGUGACUUCAUUGUUAGCUACAAAAGUGAAUGCAUUUUUGGCUGGCUAUAAAAAUUUCGAUGUCCUCAAACAGUUGGCUGAUAAAUACCGAUUGGACGAUGACGUCAUUAAAUUGAUUGAAAGUAUCGCCAUGGCAGGCGGAGUUGCAGGUGCAUGCCAUGCAUAA